CGAAGCAGAGUAGUGAACCCGGAAGUGCUUCGCUGCGGAGGCCCAGGCCACUCUUUUUGAAUGGAAUCGGGCUGAUUCAUCGCAGGUUCGCGGAGCUGCAGCUGGACCGAGUCUGAGCCGCUGUCACCGCCGCCACCAAGUCACCGCAGAGCAAGACAAGGGUCCAGACCACUCCCUCCCGCCCGCCUUCAGGAGACGAAAAAAUACUUGGAAAAAUUAUACUUGCCAGAAUUAGCAAGAGUUUGAGUUACGAAGAAAUUUGUUAACUUGACAAAUUGAAGCUUAACGCCUUAAGAGUUACAGUUACUGAACAGAUUACUAGAGUGGAAAGGGGCUUGCAAGGCUGAGAAAUAUGGACAGACUUCUUAGACUUGGAGGAGGUAUGCCUGGACUGGGCCAGAAUUAAUGUGCCAUCUGGAAACCUGAGAUCCUGCCAUAAAAGGAAUUUUGGCUUUUUUGGCAACCAUUCAUCAGGAUAUGCUGUGACUGUGCACCUUAUCAGAAUAAUGAAACAUAAUUAGAAAGGGGCCACCUACAGAUGCUCCUGCAGUGGACACCGCAGAACAAGUCUAUAUCUCUUCGCUGGCACUGUUAAAAAUGUUAAAGCAUGGCCGUGCUGGAGUUCCAAUGGAAGUUAUGGGUCUGAUGCUUGGAGAAUUUGUUGAUGAUUACACCGUCAGAGUGAUUGAUGUGUUUGCUAUGCCACAGUCAGGAACAGGUGUCAGUGUAGAAGCAGUUGAUCCAGUAUUCCAAGCCAAAAUGUUAGAUAUGUUGAAGCAAACAGGAAGGCCUGAGAUGGUUGUUGGUUGGUAUCACAGUCACCCUGGCUUUGGUUGUUGGCUUUCUGGUGUGGAUAUCAACACUCAGCAGAGCUUUGAAGCCUUGUCGGAGAGAGCUGUGGCAGUGGUUGUGGAUCCCAUUCAAAGUGUAAAAGGAAAGGUUGUUAUUGAUGCCUUCAGAUUGAUCAAUGCUAAUAUGAUGGUCUUAGGACAUGAACCAAGACAAACGACUUCAAAUCUGGGUCACUUAAAUAAGCCAUCCAUCCAGGCAUUAAUUCAUGGGCUAAAUAGACAUUAUUACUCCAUCACCAUUAAUUAUCGGAAAAAUGAACUGGAACAGAAGAUGUUGCUAAAUUUGCAUAAGAAGAGUUGGAUGGAAGGUUUGACACUUCAGGACUACAGUGAACAUUGUAAACACAAUGAAUCAGUGGUAAAAGAGAUGUUGGAAUUAGCCAAGAAUUAUAAUAAGGCUGUAGAAGAAGAAGAUAAGAUGACACCUGAACAGCUGGCAAUAAAGAAUGUUGGCAAGCAGGAUCCCAAACGUCACUUGGAAGAACAUGUGGAUGUACUUAUGACUUCAAAUAUUGUCCAGUGUUUAGCAGCUAUGUUAGACACGGUCGUAUUUAAAUAAAAAAUGCAAAAAACUUUUAAUGAAACUUUCAGUACAUAGUCCUCUCUUGUUCCUAAUGCUCAAAAUCAAGGGACCUCGGAAGGUGUGUUUGGUUAAAUGUAAGACAUCUGGCAUCAUUUGCAGCACUGUAACACCUUUAGUCUCAGUUGUGCAAUUACUUCUGUUUCUUUAGUAAGGGUCUUUGCAGAUUCCAAAGUUGUACAAGAACACAUCAAAGUGGACAAGUUUUGUUAAGAUCUCAUUCAAUAUUUGAAGAAAUCAGUAGCACAAAUAUAUUUUGAUUGUUGCUUACAAAAUAAAAUACAUUUACAAUCCA